AUGUCAGACACCGGGAACGCACGUAUCGGGGGGCUCGGAAACAACACCGUACUCGGUAAGCCAUGCGAUAUACUCGUCCCUCCUAGUCCAGAGCCUAUCAGAAAGCCGACCAAGCCACCAGCCAAGUCAUAUCCUCCACCUCCACGUCGACCAAAUGUGUACUCCCGUCAGCCCGCCGCCGGUGCAUCCAGCAAAGCAGCCGGUAAGAAAUCGACGACCCCGCCCGAGGUCAAGCCGAAGAUCACCCCGGACACCUCGACGGGCACGGCAAGCAGCUCCAAGCCCACUACGGGGGGCAUCAGCAAGAAGAGAAAAGCCGACGAGCUGCCUAGCGGAAGGUCAUUGCUAAGUCGCAUUAUCGGUGGCGAUGAGGAGGAGUCGGCAGAAGACAUAGCUCGCAGGUUUGAGGCUAAGUAUAACCCUAUGAGUUUCGAGAGUUAUACACGUGUAGCUAAGCCCAAACCGAUCCCCGGCCCAUCCGGCAAAGCAAAUGCUGCAACGUCGACCGCUAGCCGAGGACGCCCUCUUAAGCGACGUGUGGAUUCCUCCUCGCCCGACUUCGGCUUGGAUCUCGUAUUCACCCCGUCGCCGCCCGGUGUACCCCUACUUCGGCAAGAGGAGGACUGUAUCGAUAAGCGGAUGAUGGGGUUCGAGGUGUCGCCGAUUCAGUCUCUCGUCGAUGCAAUGGAGGCGGAGAAGCAGGAAGCCGCAGAGAGGGAGAAGCAGGCGGUGGCGCUGUGCAUGGAGUCUAUUCUGCAGCAGAACGAGGACCUGCAGAAGAGCAAUGCAACCCUCAACAUCCUCCUCACCGAAGCCCUCGAUAAGAAUACUGCGGACGCUUCCAAACUCAAGGAUCGCGAGCGGACCAUCAACAGACUCUACUCGGCCGGACAGAUCAAGGAUAUCCGGAACUACAAGCUCAGGCAGGCGAUCAAGGGGACGCAUCCGGCGCUGGCGAGGCUGAGGGACUAUGAUUUCGGGAUGCCGAGGGAUGGGGUGGAGGAGCUGGGGGAGAGGGAGGUGGCGAGGUGGGUGGCGAUCAAGGAGGAGGUUGCAAAGGAGCGGGCCGAUAACGAGGCGUAG